CUUCACCCUCCACCAUGUGUUCGCCAACCCGAGCUUGUCGACAAUCAAGGCGGAUGGCGCAUAGCAAGCGCCUUGCGCGGCGCCAUGACGUGGACUUCGCUCACUGCUUGAUCUUCGCGGUCGGCCUGGAAAAGCAGCUUGCUUGCAUCUCGUAGACGAGCACAGCACAGCGAACAGCGAACCGAGCCCAUGUCUGCCCGCUGAUCCCACCCGCCUAACAACAUCUCUACCUCUGCCGCCGGGUGAACAGCUCAUCGAUGACGAGUGAACGGCGGCGCGCGCCACUGGGACCACCUGCUCAGCCAUAUGAGCGUCCGCGAGUCUAAUUUCCUGCAUUGCCCUUGCGCCACACACUCCACAAACGAUCGACAACCCGACUCUGCAGCCACUCGCUCAUAAGGAGUGCCAUUCCUAGGAAACGGUCGUCGUUGAGCGCGUCCGUUGCACCUUGGCUACUCUGCGACAAACCCACGCACCAACUCUGCAUUCUCUCGCCUCAUCGACCUUCAGUGGUAGAGGCGCAGCAGCUUACCUGCACACCUCAUAUUACCGCGACUAGGAUUGGACCACAACACACCCUUUGAGCUAAUCGUCCGACGAGGCUGUGUUCGAGCGCUCCACCACACCUUUCGCCAUGCACAAGAUCAAGCACACCGCGCGAAAGCACGCCUGGUACAAUGACCCAAACGACACCACGAAGACCUACAAUGUCUUCGGGAGAAUGAACCCGCGGGUGCGGAACGGGACCGAUGUCGAGAAUGGUUUGCGCCAAGUGCGAAGUGCGCCAGACUCUUCGCCUGUCGACGACACCGGGAAGACGGUAGACGAACGCCUGGGAGAGCACCCACACCAUCACAACACGUUCCCUUCCGGUCCUGAGACGGCAGAAGGCAGCUAUGCAGGCUACAGCAGAGAGCCCAUCGAGUCCUUUGACAAGAGUCGGGAGUCAGAAAAGGCGCACUCGGGACAGACAGACACAUUGCCGCCGAGCUCAAUAUCCAAGUCUGCCGGCCCCACAGAUGCAGAGGGCAAACCACGCAAGCGCAAAUUGCGAGCGUUCAUGCCUUUCGGGAAGGGAAAACACGAUGAGCAGGACGGCGACCUGUCUCGGGUCAGCACAGAGAAAUCCAAGAGGAGGAAGCAUCCGAAAAUACCAUUCAUGAGCCAAGUCAAGGCUGUCUUCGGCUCCUGGAUCAACAUUCUUCUGGUCUUCGUCCCGGUUGGUAUCGCGCUGGAAUAUGUUCUGGACAAGUCUAUCCAGAAGAACGGCAUUAUCAUUUUCGUCAUGAACUUCAUCGCGAUCGUUCCUCUGGCUGCAGUGCUCUCCUAUGCAACCGAAGAACUGGCUAUGUACAUUGGUGAAGUCCUCGGAGGUCUUCUCAACGCCACCUUCGGCAAUGCAGUCGAAUUGAUCGUCAGCAUCAUCGCUCUGACCCAAGGCAAAGUCCUGAUCGUCCAAACUUCGCUCAUUGGCAGUAUGCUUUCGAAUUUGCUCCUGGUUCUCGGAAUGUCCUUCUUCCUUGGCGGUAUUAAUCGACCAGAGCAACACUUCAACAUCACAGUGGCCCAGACUGCGGCUUCUCUUUUGGCACUGGCAAUUGGAUCGCUCAUCAUCCCUACUGCAUUCCAGAUCUUCGCCGAUGUAGACUCUGGAGUGACGCCGACAUCGCGAGGAACAUCGGUCCUCCUGCUCGUCGUUUACGGUUGCUAUCUUCUUUUCCAGCUCAAGACUCACGUGGACAUGUACAAUGAACCCUCGAAAAAGACCCCGAAACGCUCAACCGGCAAGAAAGAUGCUGGUGAGGCCAACAAGGCCUUCGCUAUGAUGGGCGCUGGACCUGGAGCCGCAUCAGCAGGAGGACGAGUCAACCAAGACUACCUCGUGCACGAGGAGCCGGAAGAAGAGGAGACUCCUUCGCUGAGCGUUCUAGGCGCCAUCAUCACCCUCGCCAUCUCAACUGUCUUCAUCGCCCUCUGCGCCGAAUACAUGGUCUCGGCCAUCAACUCAGUAGCCGAAUCCGUCUCGCAAGAAUUCAUCGGAUUGAUCCUGCUCCCAAUCGUGGGCAACGCAGCCGAGCACGCCACCGCCGUCACUGUCGCCAUCAAAGACAAAAUGGAUCUCUCUAUCGGUGUCGCAGUGGGCUCUUCCUUACAAAUUGCCCUCUUGGUCCUUCCCAUCAUGGUCCUCCUCAGCUGGUUCGGCGUUGGCAGCCCUGAAGUCUUGAACCUCGACUUCGAUGGGUUCCUCGUCGUCGUCCUCGUUCUUUCGAUCUGGCUGGUCAAUUACCUCAUCAACGACGGAAAAUCACAUUGGCUAGAAGGCGUUUUGCUGAUGAUCACCUAUCUCAUCAUUGCCAUCAGUGCAUGGUUCUAUCCUGCCAAGGGAGAAGUUGCUGGGUGAUAUCCUGGCUACUGAAGUAAUCCCUUUGUACGAAUACGUUGGAGGGCCGCAGGCUGGCUCGACUAUCGUUGGAUUUUUCCUAUUCCCUUUUCGAUGAGUUCAGCAAGCGUUUGGCGUUCAGGGUUACAUAGGGAAGCGAAGAGGCUUGGAGAGGAUAACCUGUACUGUACACUUUUGAGUCUUUUUGACUGAGCUUGAGAUUGAGAUACCCACAGAAUCGAGAGAAAUACAAAGUUUCUGCAUGUUUGAUACGA